AUGAGCUGCUGUGGCUGUUCAGGAGGCUGUGGCUCCAGCUGUGGGGGCUGUGGCUCCAGCUGUUGCAAACCUGUUUGCUGCUGUAAGCCUGUGUGCUGCUGUGUCCCUACGUGUUCUGGUUCCAGCUGUGGGGGCUGUGGCUCCAGCUGUGGGGGCUGUGGUUCCAGCUGCUGCCAGCCUGUGUGUUGCUGUAAGCCUGUGUGCUGCUGUGUCCCUACCUGUUCUUGUUCCAGCUGUGGAGGCUGUGGCUCCAGCUGUGGGGGCUGUGGCUCCAGCUGUGGGGGCUGUGGCUCCAGCUGUGGAGGCUGUGGCUCCAGCUGUUGCUGCAAGCCUGUGUGCUGCUGCAAGCCUGUGUGCUGCUGUGUGCCUGUCUGUUCCUGUUCCAGCUGUGGGGGCUGCAAGGGAGGCUGUGGCUCCUGUGGGGCCUGCAAGGGAGGCUGUGGUUCCUGUGGAGGCUGUGGCUCUUGUGGAGGCUGCAAGGGAGGCUGUGGCUCCUGUGGGGGCUGCAAGGGUUGUUGUAGCUCCUGUGGGGGCUCCAAGGGAAGCUGUGGUUCCUGUGGGGGCUGUGGCUCCUGUGGGGGCUGCAAGACUUGCUGCUGUCAGUCCAGCUGCUGCAAGCCCUGCUGCUGUCAAUCCAGCUGCUGCAAGCCCUGCUGCUGUCAAUCCAGCUGCUGCAAGCCCUGCUGCUGUCAAUCCAGCUGCUGCAAACCCUGCUGCUGUCAAUCCAGCUGUUGUAAACCCUGCUGCUCUCAGUCCAGCUGCUGCAAGCCCUGCUGCUCCUCAGGCUGUGGGUCUUCCUGCUGUCAGUCUAGCUGCUGUAAGCCCUGCUGCUGUCAGUCCAGCUGUUGUGCCCCUGUAUGCUGCCAGUGUAAAAUCUGA